UUUCGUGGGCAUUUUAUAACAGUAGUAUUUUUACUCUCAACUCGAUCCAACGUGCUGGAAAUCUCCGAUGAAAAUAUGGGUAUACCUAUUUAGUAAUCAGAUUCGUAUUCAAGAUCCCAACUUACAUAUCUAAUCAAUGGUGACCUAUUGUUUUAUUCCAGGGCGUAAUUUACCAGUAACAGUGUAUUGCAGAGUAUGCGGCGAUAAAUCAUUCGGAAAACAUUACGGUGUCUUUUGCUGCGAUGGAUGUUCGUGCUUUUUCAAAAGAAGUAUUCGAAGGAAAAUGACGUACUCGUGUAUCACUGGAAAUGGAAAUUGUGUCGUUGAUAAGACGAGAAGAAACUGGUGUCCAUAUUGUCGACUUCAGAAGUGUUUCAAAGUCAACAUGGAUGUUUCAGCUGUUCAACAAGAAAGGGGGCCUAGGAAAUCCAAACGUAAUUUGGAAGUGAUGAACUUGAAAAGUGAAACGAACAAUACGGAAAGAAGUGCGUUCACUGUUGUUUCCAAGACCAACUCGAGGGAUUCCAGCGCAGGAAGCUUAAAAUAUGAAAUAUCCAUGCAAAUUUUGAUAAGCACUAUUAAAAUGGCAAAAUCUUCCGAAUUAUUCAAAUUUUUACCUCAUUCGGAACAGAAUACAAUACUGAAGAAUGUUUGGUCGCAGUUGUUCCUAUUAAACAUGGCGUAUUGGCCUUUGGAUGUAACUCAGUUCCUUAACCACAACGAAGAUGCAACCAUCCUGAAAUGCAUCGAAUUCUGCAGAAAUCUCUGCCUCGAUUCCAUAGAGCUUCCUUUACUUCAAAUCAUCGCCUUGUGUCGUCCAGAUUUGUGUUACUACAACGAAAGUAAAAUCCACGUGAUGGCAACUCAAGAGAAAAAUCAAUUAACAUUGUUUCACUACUCGACCAUUUACUCACCCAGUCGAUUUGGCCAACUGUUGUUAAUACUGCCCGCCUUAUUGGGACCCAUUUGCGAUAUCAUUGUGGAAAAUUUACUUCGAUGUGGGAACGAGUUUUCUGUCGACAGAGUGAUUUCUUCUAGUAUCUAAUCAGUAAAUCUCACAGAUCUCAGAUCUGUGCACAAAAAUUUGAACAUCAGUAACUCGUUCAUCGUUCAUUAAACUGUAGCAUUCGUGUAUAUGCUUGUUAUAUUUUUAAGUGUGUGAUGUUUUUCAAAACAGUAUUCCUAAUACGAGUAAGCGCUUUGCAAAAUUAAA